GUGAAUUUAAGUGGUUGGUAAUGCUGUCAACUAAUUAACUGUUUCUUGUAGUUAUGUGCAACCGUGGUAACUUUGCAUUGCUAUAUAGUGUGCUCAAAUUCAAUUAUUUUCCAACGUAAAAUUUUGGAUAUUGUACGUAAUAAUAAGCGUGGACGAUGGCAUUCGGAAUCAGUUUCAAGCGUUGGAUUUUAGCUUUUGUUCUUCUUUACGUUUGUGUGUUUGGGAAAAACUUUGGAUAUGCUGAUGAGGACGGGUCGGAGGGAGAGGAUGGUGGUGAUGGUGAGAUCGGUGGCGGGUUCGACGGUAAUGGUGGUGGAAUCGGUGGGAUCGGUGGGGCUGGUGGGGCUGAUGGUGGGUUCGGUGGUGGGGCUGGUGGUGGGCUCGGUGGUGGGUUCGGUGGUGGUGGUGGGCUCGGUGCUGGGGGCGGAGUUGGUGGUGGGCUUGGAGGCGGUGGUGAUCCUACUCAAAUUUUCUCUAGAGCUUUGCAAUGUUUCAAUGAUAGAUAUAUAUAUAGCAGGUGUGAAGAAUCAUGCAGAUUAAACGAGAAAGGAACCCUGAACGUGCCUAAAGAGAAAACUGAUAUGUUCUGUCAAGGACCAUGUCUGUCAGAGACUAACUUGGUCCUCAAUUGUCUGAACAACGUUUUCAGCAACUUCAUGUUCUACAACAAAGCAACCAUACACGACAUCAGAAACACAAUCGAAGCUGCAUGUGGCUAUGGCUCUCAAAGAGGAAACUUCAAUGUGGCAGAGCACAUUCAGAAUGAAGGAAACAAUGCUGCUCCAAAGGCUACUACUAAGCAUGCUGUAAUGGGACUUGCUGUUAUCGUAAUGGGACGAGCUCUGUUACCUCCAAAUUUCACAUAAUAUUAUGCUCAUAACACUUAUCUAUGCUUCGGAUUUUCAGUUUUAUGUGUAAUUAAUCACUCAUAUGAUAUGUAGUAUAAUAACCUAUAUACAUGGGAAAACAAUAGGUAUUAUGUGUGUAUUAUGUGUGGAACUGAUUAAUGAUAUAUUAACUAUUUCGUAUUGGAGCA